AUCACAAUGCAGCCUUUUAUGGAUGUGUCUCAUAGAGAUGAUGUCAUCAGUGACCUCAUGGGGUCCCCUCUUACUUGUGGGUUGCUUUUCAUACUUGUCUUAGUUGUGAGCACAGAGUUGGACGCAGCAGAAUGAAACUACUUCAGAGGGAUCAGAGGUUAUUUAUAUAGUUGUGCAGCUGUUUCAACAUACCGGUAAACUGGUAGAAGAGAAAGAGAAAGAAGACAGGUUUUAAGAUCUUACACACCUCUCCCUUGGUGACUACAAUGGGGAAGUCAGCCUCCAAGCAGUUCGCUGAAGACCUGCUCCACUCCCAUAAUGAUUACAGGAGAAAACACCAAGCUCCUCCACUUAAACUGAGCAGGAAACUGAGUAAUGAGGCAACACGUUAUGCAGAAAGUCUGGCAAGCACAAGAAUCUUGAAACACAGCGUUGAGUCCACGAGGGGGAGCUGUGGAGAGAACCUGGCCUGGGCGUCUUAUGACCAGACAGGUAAAGACGUCACAGACCGCUGGUACGAGGAAGUCAGACACUACAACUUCAAACGUCCAGGGUUCUCUUCAGGCACUGGUCACUUCACUGCCAUGGUUUGGAAGAGCAGUAAGAAGUUGGGUGUGGGUAAAGCCGCUGCUCAAGAUGGCUCGACAUUUGUGGUUGCCAGAUACUUUCCUGCGGGGAAUAUAACGAACCAGGGCCAUUUUGAGAGCAACGUCCUGCCUGCGAAACACACCCCACCAAAGCCUCUAGAUGUAUAACCGACAAACACACUGUGAUACUGGGAGAGAACCACUGCAGUUUAAGGACUAAAAAAGUUGGAAAAGUAACUAAAAAUGCAUGCAAUUUGGUGGGGCAUUGUGGGACAUUUAAAGGUGCAAUAUGUAUGUGUGUGUCUCUGUGGAGGUGUUACUGCUUUACCUGGAAUAUUCCACAGUGUGACAUUGAAAUAAUAUGUGCACCGUUUCAUUUUAAGUGUUUUAUAUUGCUCAAAAAUAUCUUGAAAAACCAUAGCUCUGACAUGUAAUUUGGUGUGGAAGUGCAAUAUAAACUAAACAUAUCUGCCUGAACAAACAUGGAUCAGUUUAAUGCCAUACUGUGGAUCAUUCCAGCCAAAGCACUAACAUCAUCUCCAGAGCAAGCAGGUGGCGUGCCCUCCACCACAAAUGUAGUGCUCCUUUUAGCUUUAAUAAAUUACACUUCUCACUUUGUAAAGAUGUUACAUUCUGCACCGUAAGGAUGAUAAGAGUUUAAAAUGUGCCCUUUAAGUACGAUGAAGGCUGCAGUGAUGAUCUCGCCUUGUUCUUUAAGCAGAUUUUACUUUUGUGGAUAACGUAGCAACGAAUGAAUUAAAGUAAAACUUAAGCCGCAAGUGGAGAUGAUGGACUCUUGAUCGACUCUGAAUCACAACGGAAUGUUUAUGCGACUGCCCAGCAUGCCAUUCUCUCUUCCUGACAGCUGCCCAGGCCCAUAUCUGCUCCUGUUUCCAUAGUGAAGUGUGCCAAUUGACUUAUAUUGGUGUGGUCCUGGGCAUUGAACCAACAACCUUAUGCAUAAUAGACGAGGUUCCUAUGGUGUAAUAGACUUUUUUGACUGGACUGACCUAAAUAAUGUCUGUGUCAAUUUUCAAUCGCAUUACACUUUGCAUCCAAAGCCUACGUUACUCUCAUUGUAGUGGCGGGGUCCAUGGCUUUGAACCAACAAUCUCAUGCAUAAUAAAGCUAUAGUACAAUUGACUUUUUUGAUUAGAGCGACCUAAAAAAUGUUUGUGUCAGUUUUCAGUAGCUUUGCAUAGCGUCAUUACUGUCUCUGUAUAUUGAUUUGGAGUCCAAUAUGAAACAGUGGACGUUUAUGUUCCCACAGUCCAAACGAUAAAGGACAUGAUGUUGGUUCAAUUGACUUUUUUGCAUGUCAUGGUGAAUAGUUUUCCCUCCAGGUUUAGUGAUAAUUAGAUCAUUUUGGACUUUUUAUGUAUAUUGUAGGGGGCGCUAUAGUCACUAUGUGUUAUGUGUCCAUUUUAAUUUUUUUUGCUGGGCCAGUCGAUCCUACACCCCCAAAAUGCAAUUGUUUUGGGGGGAAAAUAAGAAAAAGAAUGAGUCUUGUAGGUGGUUUGGGGUGACAAAAGCUGUAUGUUUUGAACCGAAAAUGGUAUAGUCAGUCAGUAUGUUUUGAAAUGUCUUUAAUGUAUUGCUUUAACAUUUCAGGAUUUGCAAAAUGUUUACACAGAGCUUGUAAUAAUACUAAAUUAUGUAAUAUUUUACUUCUGAUGUAGAUGACCUUUCCAACCAACGUGUUUUGUAUGAAUUAUUGCCGUCUCUUUUAGCCGCACCCUGCACUGUUUUUGUACUCUGCCUUUUAACUAGUUUUGUACAAUAAAAAAGUGCCAAAACAAAAAAA